UGGAAUGGAGCUGGUCUCAGCCACGCCCCCUUGCGUCAGAUUACUGCAAGUAAAAACUUGGGUAAACGUCACCUCGCACUAACUGGCUGUCGCCCAUAGUGAAUCAAUAUAUCGCUAUCAUUUCCUGCUGUCACUGUUAGUUAUUUAUUAUUUGGCCGGGACUAUGGCUGACGACAACGAAGAUGCUGAAAUGAAACGAGCCCGAAGUCGCGAACGGCAGUUAGCUUUGGAGAACACAAACACUGACAUUGGCUUUUGUGGCAGGAUUCUGGUUGGGCUCUCCCUCAUUUUCCUGCUGAUUACUCUGCCCAUCUCCAUAUGGAUGUGUAUUGUGAUUGUGAAGGAGUACCAGCGAGCUAUUAUUUUUCGCCUGGGGCGCCUUUUGUCAGGAGGAGCCAAAGGACCAGGCUUGUUCUUCGUCUUGCCGUGCACUGACAGUUUUAUUAAUGUGGACAUGCGCACCGUCACCUUUAACAUCCCACCACAAGAGGUUUUGACCAGAGACUCUGUGGCAGUGUGUGUUGAUGGCCUGGUCUACUACCGGGUCCAGAAUCCUACUCUGGCCGUGGCUAAUGUCAGUAAUGCAGAUGCUGCUACGCAGCUUUUGGCCCAAACCACCCUGAGGAAUGUUCUGAGUAACAAGAACCUGGCAGAGAUUCUGUCUGACUGUGAACACAUUGCACAUUUUAUGCAGGUCACUCUGGACAAUGCCACAGAUGACUGGGGAAUCGAAGUGGAGCGGGUGGAGAUCAAAGAUGUGAAACUGCCCCCUCAGCUACUGAGAGCCAUGGCAUCUGAGGCUGAGGCCACCCGUGAGGCCCGAGCCAAGGUGAUCGCAGCAGAGGGGGAGAUGAGCGCAUCGCGGGCGUUGAAGGAGGCGUCCCUGGUGAUUGCAGAGUCUCCGUCAGCCCUGCAGCUGCGCUACCUUCAGACCCUGAACACCAUCGCUGAAGAGAAGAACUCCACCAUCAUUUUGGCACUUCCACUGGAGAUUUUGCCGAAAUUCGUCAAUACAUGAGAAAGUGUCUAAAAAAAAGAAAAGAAAUGCACAUACUCCCAGCAUGCAUCACUGAGCACAUAUACAUGUGUAAUCAACUUCAUUGCCUCACCGUCAUUACAUCUGACAGCAGCCAGCUUAUUUUCACAUAGGUUUAAUUUAUAACUUCUUUUUAUUUUUUUCCAACUUUAUAAUCAAAGAAAAAAAGUGACACAAUCUAGGGUAUCAUCUCCUAGCCCACAGGCCUUCUUUGAGAAUUUACCCUUUAUUACAAACCUGUGAAAUUUAGCAUAUUCUCUGUUUAUCAGAGCUGGAGUUGAAUAUUUGCUUUGCCUCAGGUGCUCUGGCAGCUGAGCGGGUAGCUUGAGCCAGCAGUGGCAAUGCCCCGCAGUCAUCUUGGUGUGUCUGCCAAUAAAUGACCACUGAUUCAAUAUAUUAUAUAACAUAUAUAUAAUAAUAUGUAGUAUGAGUUUUUAGUCUUAGCAUAACCUUUAACUUGAAGUUUUAUUUAUUUCAUUGAGUUUUCUUUAGUUUUUGUUUUAAGUUGUUUAUUUAUUUAUUUAUUUGCAAGUUUGUUCAUUUAAAGCUUCAGAAAGUGUCCAAGUAUCAGGAAGCUGAAAAAAUGAGUUAUAAUUGAUCAUAUUCUUUCUUUCAGCGUGUAAAUAUUUAAACAUGUUUGAAUUUAUAUAUUGUGAAAAUGACACGUCCUGUUUUAAUCUGUUGUUCUGCUUUCCUACUUUUAACAUAAAUGUUUGGACUGUUUGACCAAGAAGUGAUUUUUGCCUACAGCAACAUGAAGUUUAUUGUUCUGCUGUUGCCACACAGAAGAUUUCUUUGUUAGGAAAGGGAAAGGUUGUUCGAUUUUACUUUAGUAAGUCGUAUAGGUUUCUGUUGUGGUAACAAUAGUGACAUUUAGGGAAUUUUGAUACAUAUGGAAA